AUGCAGACACAGCCUCACUUGGACAGGCAGGUGACCAAGACAGAUGUAGACACAGCCUCACCUGGACAGGCAAGUGACCAAGACGAUGUAGACACAGCCUCACCUGGACAGGCAGGUGACCAAGACAAUGUAGACACAGCCUCACUUGCCUCACUUGGACAGGCAGGUGACCAAGACGAUGUAGACACAGCCUCACCUGGACAGGCAGGUGACCAAGACAAUGUAGACACAGCCUCACCUGGACAGGCAGGUGACCAAGACGAUGUAGACACAGCCUCACCUGGACAGGCAGGUGACCAAGACGAUGUAAACACAGCCUCACCUGGACAGGCAGGUGACCAAGACGAUGUAGACACAGCCUCACUUGGACAGGCAGGUGACCAAGACGAUGUAGACACAGCCUCACUUGGACAGGCAGGUGACCAAGAUGAUGUAGACACAGCCUCACCUGGACAGGCAGGUGACCAAGACGAUGUAGACACAGCCUCACUUGGACAGGCAGGUGACCAAGACGAUGUAGACACAGCCUCACCUGGACAGGCAGGUGACCAAGACGAUGUAGACACAGCCUCACCUGGACAGGCAGGUGACCAAGACGAUGUAAACACAGCCUCACCUGGACAGGCAGGUGACCAAGAUGAUGUAGACACAGCCUCACUUGGACAGGCAGGUGACCAAGACGAUGUAGACACAGCCUCACUUGGACAGGCAGGUGACCAAGACGAUGUAGACACAGCCUCACCUGGACAGGCAGGUGACCAAGACGAUGUAGACACAGCCUCACCUGGACAGGCAGGUGACCAAGACGAUGUAAACACAGCCUCACCUGGACAGGCAGGUGACCAAGACGAUGUAGACACAGCCUCACCUGGACAGGCAGGUGACCAAGACGAUGUAGACACAGCCUCACCUGGACAGGCAGGUGACCAAGACGAUGUAGACACAGCCUCACCUGGACAGGCAGGUGACCAAGACGAUGUAGACACAGCCUCACCUGGACAGGCAGGUGACCAAGACGAUGUAGACACAGCCUCACUUGGACAGGCAGGUGACCAAGACGAUGUAGACACAGCCUCACCUGGACAGGCAGGUGACCAAGACGAUGUAGACACAGCCUCACCUGGACAGGCAGGUGACCAAGACAAUGUAGACACAGCCUCACUUGGACAGGCAGGUGACCAAGACGAUGUAGACACAGCCUCACUUGGACAGGCAGGUGACCAAGACGAUGUAGACACAGCCUCACCUGGACAGGCAGGUGACCAAGACGAUGUAGACACAGCCUCACCUGGACAGGCAGGUGACCAAGACGAUGUAAACACAGCCUCACCUGGACAGGCAGGUGACCAAGACGAUGUAGACACAGCCUCACCUGGACAGGCAGGUGACCAAGACGAUGUAGACACACACCUCACCUGGACAGGCAGGUGACCAAGACGAUGUAAACACAGCCUCACCUGGACAGGCAGGUGACCAAGACGAUGUAGACACAGCCUCACCUGGACAGGCAGGUGACCAAGACGAUGUAGACACAGCCUCACCUGGACAGGCAGGUGACCAAGACGAUGUAGACACAGCCUCACCUGGACAGGCAGGUGACCAAGACGAUGUAGACACAGCCUCACCUGGACAGGCAGGUGACCAAGACGAUGUAGACACAGCCUCACCUGGACAGGCAGGUGACCAAGACGAUGUAAACACAGCCUCACCUGGACAGGCAGGUGACCAAGACGAUGUAGACACAGCCUCACCUGGACAGGCAGGUGACCAAGACGAUGUAGACACAGCUUCACUUGGACAGGCAGGUGACCAAGACCAAGACCUGUAAACUCAUAACACAAACACAUGCUUUUGGUUCGGGAACCGGACCCAUAGGAACAACCACACCUGUAUGUUUACCUGUACAGCCAUACCAGCAUGCUCUAUAACUGGGCUUGGCAACAGGAGGCCCAACAGGCAGCUUUUUUAAAGACUGUUAAAAAUCACCAGGAAUUCAGCUAAAAUUGGUUUAAUUUAGUAAAUAUGUUCAAUUAUUUUUGGGCUUUAGGCCUCGAUUCAAUCCGAUCAAACCGACACAGCUGAUGUUUUGACCUUUGUCGAGAGGUGGAACUACGUUGGAGAGGUCAAACAUUUCUGUCACCUAAUGGAGGUGUAGAUUUACAUCUCACACUCCUGUGUUCCAACAUGUAAACAAAUCUGCAUUGGGAUUUCUCUUAAUUAAUGCGAUGUCGUGCAACCG